GCGGACGCGUUUGUGAGUGCAACGCUUGUGCAAGGGCAUGACAGAUUACCAAGGGAUGUUCAACAGGCAAAAAUUGUAUUCAUGAGAGGUUCUGAAAAGGAAUGGAAUCGGAUUUUGAAACCAAUUCAAGAGAGAAUCUUAAAUCAGGACGGUUGAUUAAUGCCAUCUCAAAUGUCUACGGGGAUGUAACACUCGGUGACACAGUGAUUAUAAAUACCGUUGAUGCUGAAGCAGCGGACAGCGGCAGCUUGGUGGGGAAGGCGGAGAUCUUCUUGAAGAGCAGGGCUGACCGCGGAGAUGAGCAGGCCGUUUUUCUCCUGGGACAGCUCUACUACGAGGAGUGUCAGUACGCAAAAGCCGAAGAAAUAUUUGACAGCAUUAAAGACACGGACUCCAAGGCCCUCUACCAGCUUGCAGUGAUGUACUUUGAUGGCCUGGGCACCAGUGUGGACCUGUCGAAGGCAGUGGAGUACAUGAAGCGGGUUGCCAGUAGCAACGACCCUGAGGCGACCUCCGUGAAACAGUGCGCGCUGUUCAACCUCGGGGCGGCGUACCUGGAGGGGUACGGGGUCCGCCCCUCCCGGGAGGAGGCCGAGAGGUAUUGGCUCCUUGCUGCAGAGGACGGAAGCCCCAGUGGCAGCGUGAAAGCUCAGAGCUCCCUCGGCCUCUUCUACUCCCACCCGGACACGCCGGAUCUCAAAAAGGCGUUCUUCUGGCACUCCGAGGCUUGUGGGAACGGCAGCCUGGAGUCGCAGGGCGCGCUGGGGGUCAUGUACCUGUACGGGCUCGGCAUUCAGAAGGACCACCAGUCCGCCCUGCUCUGCCUGAAGGAGGCGUCGGAGAGGGGCAACGUCUACGCCACGGGCCACCUGGUGGCCUUCUACUACAGCCGCAAACUCUACUCCAACGCCACGGCCCUCGCCAAGAGGAUUUCCGAAUACGGCCCGGAGGACAUCGGUGCAAUGGCGAGGAACAUCGAGUGCCUGCCCGAGUACAUCAGUAAGGGCAUCGCCAUGGCGAUGUUCUACUACGCGCGCUGCCUGCAGCUGGGGAAGGGGGCCCAGCAGGACAUGGAGGAGGCCAAGCGCUACUUCUCAAAGGCGGCUCAGAUCAACCACGAAGUGUGCAAGGAGCUACAGACGGACGUCACCUACGAGAGGAUGUAGACGAGGACGCCGUCUUCGGGAAGAUUUAAAUGUAUGACACGCUACAUCUACAUUUAUUGUGCCAUGUCAUUCCUAAACUGAAUGUAGCCUUACUCUGCCAAAUGAGGUCAGGUUAAUAUGUGACAAAGACGAUACCUUUUUAGGGUUAUAGUUGUGUAUAUUAUCUAAGCUACAAUACCAAUUUGAAAGCCUUUCAUAAUUUUUCUUGUAUUAAUGCUGCACUGUAAACUUGUGUACCUCUGUCCUGACCAUAUGCUGCAAUGGUAUGCUAACGACAUAUGAAUAGUCCUAUUUUAAUGUACAGUAUGAGGUGUCGGGUCUUUUUAUUUUUAUUUUUUGUAUAAGCGUUGUGCUGAUAAGAUCUUUGUGAUAUAAACAUUCCCUGAUUGUACCAUUUUAUAUUAAUAAAAAAUGUGUCCAUAAAUAAAAAUGAACAAAAUGGA